AUGGUUGACUUUUGUCGACCAUCAUCAUUGCCGGGCAAUAAUACACUAGGCUCUGGUAAUUCAACAACUUCGAACACGAACUCGAAUUCAAACUUGGACAAAGAGGCCAAUUCGAAAUAUUUCCCGUCUGUAUUUCUUCCUUAUUCGCAUUUGAUUGAUUCUGAUAGACAAGACUCGCUCACAGCAGCAGCAGUAGUAGCAGCAGCGACAGCUACUGCAGCUGCCGCAUCAUCAGCUAUGGAACAAACACGUCUCGAAGAGGAAAAACUACGUGUUCAAGCGAAAGAUAAAAAAGAUCAAAGUGCCAAUGCCUCGGCUGAAGUAAAAACUCAUCUGAAAAGUUUCUUGCAUAAAAAAUUACAAAAGCAAGGCAAAUUAGAAAAUCAAGAUUCCAUGGAAAUGCUUCGUCGAUUUCAAUCAGAACCAGUCCUAGCUAAUCCGCGACUUGAAUCGGGCAAUUUCAAAAUCAAAUCAGAUUUACGUCAAAGUAUUCUCUAUCGUCAUAAGCAAGUUACUCCGAUGUCAGAUAAACGUCAUCCGAUCCGUUCAACAAAUCUAGCUCAAAACCAGCAGCCAGCUGUGCCAACAAUUCCGUUAUUACCAUUUACUUCCCAAUUGGCUCAAAUACCCAUGCCCGAACAUUUAUGGUUGGGCUUGCCACGUGCACUUUAUGGAUGUUAUUCAACUGGCAAUCUGGGAGAGAACGGCCACUUGAAUUCUUUGACAACAACAUCUCGUGAAAAUCAUCAGCAUACAAAUAUUCUCGGUCCGAAACAUUUCAUCGUCGAAGAAGAAAAUGAAGCACUGUUAGCGAAGGAAUUACAAGAGGCUAAAAUUCAAAGCACACAUAAUAGUCUAAGUUCAAUGCAUAGUAGUCAACCGCAUUUAGUCAAUUUUGAAACAAACGAUUUUUGCCUUCGAAAUCCAAAUUUACUAAUCGAUCGACUUGCAUUACAUUCCAAAUCAUUAUCCUCUCUAUCAGCAAUACAAUCGCCGACAGAGAAGAAAGUACAAAAAUGUCUCUCUGGUAGCAUCAAACUCCGUUUUACUACCGGUGUCGCUUAUGACGACGAUACAUUAAAACACGAAUGUUACUGUAAACGUACAGAUCUUCAUUUGGAAAAUCCACGCCGUCUGUUGGUUAUUUACGAUCGAUUGAAAAAAUCAAAUCUAUUAGACGACUGUGAAAUCAUUCGUGGUUAUUGUGCAACGAUCGAUAUGCUAACGGAUUGUCACGAUCCUGGACAUGUCUAUCUGUUUGGUUGUGAUAAUCGUCAACGUAGUCAACAAUCAGCAGCUAUAUUAGCUGAACAUUUAAAUUCGAUCGUUCCAUUACCUUGCGGUGGUUACGGUAUCCAUGAUGAUACUGAUACAAUCUGGAAUGAUGAAUACACAGCGCGAGCAUGCCGGUUGGCAGUUGGAAAUACGAUUGAAUUAACGAAACAUGUCGUAGAUGGUAAAUUGAAAAAUGGUUUCGCGCUCGUACGACCACCUGGCCAUCAUGCUACACAAAAGCCAUUGGGUUUUUGUUACUUUAAUACUGUUGCUAUAACAGCUAAAUAUCUGAAAAAACAUCGAAAUCUUGAACGAAUUGCCAUUGUUGAUUGGGAUAUUCAUCAUGGUAAUGGUACACAAGAUUUGACUUACGAUGAUUCGAACAUUCUCUACAUAUCGUUACAUCGAUAUGAUAACGGAACAUACUUUCCCGGUGGUGGUCGAAUAGAAGAAUGUGGAUGUGAUGAUGGUUUAGGCAAAAAUGUAAAUAUUGCCUUCUCCGGUGAACCCCAAUCAGUAAUGACCGAUGUGGAAUAUCUAGCAGCAUUUCGAAGUGUUGUCAUGCCAAUCUUAAAACAAUUUCAACCUGAAAUUAUUCUCGUCUCCUGUGGCUUUGAUGCAUGCAUGGGACAUCCUCAUCCACUCGGUGGCUACGAAUUAACACCGACAUGUUUUGCUUAUAUGACAAAAGAAUUGAUGAACUUUUCUAAUGGAAAAGUCGUUUUGGUUUUAGAAGGUGGCUAUGAAUUAAAUGCACUGGCUGAAUGUGGAAAAUUAUGUAUUGAAGCAUUACUUAAUCGACAAAUUCCAACAUUCAGUAAAGAAACAUUUGAAACUAAACCGAAUCCAUACGCUGUACGCAGUCUAAAACAGGUCAUCGAAGUACAACGUGAAUUUUGGCCAUUACUCGAUGAAUACAAACAUUUGGUAUCGAUGUCACAUGGCAAGGCUACGGAGUUAUGA